ACGCUGCACUCUUCCAUUGAACCGAAAAAGAAAGCAGUUUUCGGACUCUAGGCUAUAGCACCAUACUCUUAUUCAUCUUCCUCAACUGGACUGUGUGGAAACAUGGCCAUGGCCAUGGCGCUCUCAGACACCAUCAUUUGUCUCACUGCUUCCAAUCAGUUGCCUCCACCGGCUUCACCUUUCAACUCUCUCAAGCCCCCUCUUUUCUGGCCCUGGCAAAAGGUGAAAAUGGGUCCUUUGAGUGUGUCCCCGAUGGGGUUUGGGACGUGGGCAUGGGGAAACCAGCUUCUCUGGGGGUACCAGCCAUCCAUGGAUUCUCAACUUCAACAGGUCUUCAAUCUUGCUGUGGACAGUGGCAUUAAUCUUUUUGAUACUGCUGAUUCAUAUGGGACUGGAAGACUCAAUGGACAGAGUGAGAAGCUCCUAGGGAAGUUCAUACGAGAAUUCACAGGGGGGAAACGGAUACAGGAUGAUAUUGUGAUUGCUACAAAGUUUGCGGCUUACCCAUGGCGUCUAACACCAGGGCAAUUUGUUCAAGCUUGCAGGGCGUCUCGGGAUCGAAUGCAGGUCGAGAAAAUCGGAAUCGGACAGUUACACUGGUCUACUGCAAACUAUGCUCCCCCACAAGAGUUAGCACUUUGGAAUGGUUUAGUGGCAAUGUAUGAGAAGGGCUUAGUCAAAGGUGUUGGAGUUAGCAAUUAUGGACCCAAGCAGCUUGUAAAGAUUCACGAUUACCUUAAAGCCCGAGGAGUCCCACUAUGUUCAGCUCAGGUUCAAUUCUCUCUUCUAAGCAUGGGAGAAGAACAGAUGGAGAUUAAGAAUAUUUGCGACUCUCUUGAUAUCCGCUUGAUUUCCUACAGUCCGCUAGGUCUCGGAAUGCUUACCGGAAAAUAUACGCCGUCCAAACUUCCACAAGGGCCCAGGAGCCUUCUGUUUAAGCAAAUCCUUCCAGGACUAGAGCCCUUGCUCGUUUCGUUACGAGAAAUUGCACGAAAACGAGGCAAAACCAUGCCUCAGGUAGCAAUAAACUGGUGCAUCUGUAAAGGUACGGUUCCGAUACCUGGAGUUAAAACGGUGAAACAAGCGGAGGAAAAUUUGGGUGCUCUCGGAUGGCGCCUGAGUUCUAAUGAGUUGCUUCAGUUAGAUUAUGCAGCGCAGGAAUCACCUCGGAGGAUGAUCCAAAACAUUUUCCAGACGAAGUAAACGGUACAGAAUCGCAGCAGUUUCGCCUAUAUAACAGACGGAAAUUUUAACACUGCCAAAGAGAUUAGACAUGGUGGGAUCGAAUUCGAUCGACUCGACUAGCAGGGGUGCACACAAAUCCUGCAUCUGCAAACAUACAGAAAAGAGAUGAAGAUUGGAUUGUGGAGCAAUAUGCACAACCAGUUUUGAAGCUGACAAGCAGGAAAAAGGGCAUGCUUUGUACAAGCAAAAAGAUUGCAGAUAAAAGCACAAUUCUCUCCAAACAAAUUAGUCCCUAGAAUUUUUGUUCUUUCAACCAUAAUCCUAUUACGAGUAAUCAUCUUUUUUCACUGUCCUUGAUUAACCAA